AUGAGACGUCAAGCUCAGAGUCCCCGGGGCAAUCCCCCGAGCCUCCUCGGGAAGCGGACCCGGACUGAGGCCAUCCAAACAUUCGAAGAAGAAUCCACUGCGACACGCACUCGCAGUCAUCCAGCCCAACGGCCUCGAACCCGAGCUACUGUAGCGUGUUCGGUAUGUCGCGCUCGGAAGACUAGGUGCGAUGGACGGCAACCAGUGUGUGGCUACUGCGCCAGCACCGGCUCUACAUGCCAAUAUGACAUUGCCGAUGCCUCAACAGACCGGAGUUUGUGCCAUGAUAUGGGAGUUCAAAUCCUCCAUGCCAUCGAGCAACUAACGCAAUUGGUCAAAGACCAACCCCCGCAAACUAUCACCAACAAUAUCAGCAAUCACCAGGGGCCAAUACCGUCAUCGAGCUUGAAUGAACCCAUACAAAAUGUGCCCGUCCCAGCCAGUCCUCACGAGGGCAAAUUCUCAGAGGGGCUGGAUAGUAUAUUCGGAUGGCACGUCUUUCAACCCGGUCUCGACUCGAUCCCAGUAGAUGAUGGGCGACCUAUACCAAUGCCAGACGAACUUCCCCCGAUAAAGUUUUCCGAACUCUCGAGAUUCCAGUCUAAUUACUGUCGCGUAGUCCACAAUGUGAACCCGAUACUUGAUCUGACCACCCUGGACCAGUAUGUCUCACACAUCGCUGAAAACGGGUUCGACUGGACAACGAGGACUUGUCUUGUGGCUCUUGUCUGUGCCAUUGGGGCCUUGUGCCAGGACAAGACUACAGAGACUCCAAGUAGUCCUCCCACGGCAGAUCCUAAUGACGAUGUGAUGGUAGCAUAUCGCUUUUGGAGCGUUGCAUGCAAGAGACUGGGGCGUGCAAUGUGUCAGAAUACGCUAGAGUCUGCGCAGUGUUUGUGUCUUGCUGGAAAGUCCACACUUUCUGCGCGAUCGCCGUCAUCGCAGCCUAUCUCGUCUGCGAUCGAGCACAGCAUCUUCUACACGACAUAUAAGUCGGAAGUUGAGGUCCGCUACGAACUGGCAAUUCCAGGCUCAGUCCUAGAACACAUAGAGGACCAGCUCGUGUUUCCCUCACCCCCAACACCCGAUAAUUCCCAACUGAGUAACCUGGAUAACGAGACCAUAACCUGGUACUAUUAUCUAGCGGAUAUAGCUGCCCGCCACCUCAUCAAUCGCAUCAUCAAAGUGAGAGUCAAGGUUGACGAUACCCCCAACGAAGCACAAGCUAGGGCCAUGCUCCACGACUACAAACUGUUCGGCUCUCAGCUCGAAGACUGGUACAAAUCCCUACCAUCGGAUAUUUCAUUCCCGCCACCUAGCUCUAGUAUAACGUUUGAACCGAACCAGUUGAUACGGAUCCUGCGGUCUCGAUAUCUAUGCAUAAGAGAGCUUCUAUGUCGACCUUUUGUGCGAAUCUGUCUGAACUCCAGCCUGAAUCUCCCCGCAGAAUUGGUCGAUGAGAUAGCGUCUGUAGCCUCCGAGGGCCUGCAGUAUUGUGCCUGGAGACUACAAGCAAUGUGCUCAAUGGACAGACUCGACCAUGGGCUAUGGAUCUGGGUCCGAAACAACACCGCAUGCUCACUAAUUUUAAUUGGCGCUGCGCGAAGUUACAAAUUCCCUUCUCUCAAUGCGGCCUCCCGAAUGUGGGUUCCGGAUAAUUGGCACGAUGUUAUAAUGUCAUUUCUGAAUGGCUUGGAGAUAUUCUCGAAGGAAACCAGGGGCGGCGUCUCGGACUGUUACAAACUUAUCUGCCGAAACAUUGAAGAGUUUCAUGAUAGUUGA